UAUAUUAUGGAGUGCCUGUGACAUGCCUAUGAAUGGGAGUCAUUAUUAAAGGAUGACUUAAACCUUGCUUUCCGCAUGCCUGCAGACUGGCUCGUCUCUACAAAAACCUUGAGCCCCCACUGGUGCACUCUCAUGCUCUCAAAUUUCAGCUCCAUCCCCCCUUGCAGUGCUAGAGGAGUCCCUGCUCCCAGAACACAGGCAAGGCAGUAUGCGGAUGGUCGGCCAGCUGCAUGUAACAUGGCUGCAGGCAGGGCUGGCUACACGUCCUUGCUGCUGUGUUACAUUUCGCUGAUAUGUGCGACAGGAGAGGAGCUGAGUAUUGAAGAGGAAAUUCUUCCCGAGUCUUCCUUGCAGAAGCCCAGCGUCCUGAUUGUCAUAAUCGCCAGGAACGCUGCACACACACUUCCCUACUUCCUGCACUGCGUCGAUAACCUGGACUACCCCAAAAGCAGGAUCGCUAUCUGGGCAGCAACAGAUCACAAUAUCGAUAAUUCUACAGCUGUUUUACGAGAAUGGUUAAAGAGUGUACAAAAAUUAUACCAUUAUGUUGAAUGGAGGCCUCUGGCUGAACCUCAAUCCUAUUCUGAUGAAUUUGGACCCAAGCACUGGCCAACAUCCAGAUUCGCCCACGUAAUGAAGCUCCGUCAGGCUGCACUGCGCACCGCGAGGGAAAAGUGGUCAGACUAUAUCUUUUAUAUAGAUGCAGACAACUUUCUGACUAAUCCUCAAACAUUAAAUCUGCUGAUUGAAGAAAACAAAACAAUUGUGUCCCCAAUGUUGGAAUCGCGGACGCUAUACUCAAAUUUCUGGUGUGGUAUGACACCUCAGGGUUACUAUAAAAGAACUCCUGAUUAUGUUAUCAUAAGAGAAUGGAAGAGAAUGGGCUGUUUUCCGGUCCCAAUGAUUCAUUCAACAAUGCUUAUUGAUCUCCGGAAAGAAGCAUCUUUGAAACUGCAAUUCUAUCCUCCACAUGAAGACUUUACUUGGACUUUUGAUGACAUCAUUGUAUUUGCAUUCUCUUGUAGACAAGCAGGAAUUCAGAUGUAUAUCUGUAAUAAGGAGCAUUAUGGGUAUCUUGUUGUACCAUUGAAACCACAUCAAAACCUAGAAGAUGACAUUGAGAGCUUCACUCAUGUACUGACAGAAGCAAUGAUUGAUCGCCCUCCUCUGGAAACAUCACGUUAUGUGUAUGUGCCACCAAAACAUUCGGACAAGAUGGGGUUUGACGAGAUUUUCAUGAUUAAUCUAAAACGUCGCCAGGAUCGCCGCGUCCGGAUGCUCCGUAGUCUCUAUGAGCAGUUUAUCCAGGUGAAGAUAUUUGAUGCUGUCGAUGGCAAGGCACUUAAUACAAGUCAGCUGAAGACUUUGAAUAUAGAUAUGGUACCAGGAUACCAUGACCCAUACUCUGGGAGAACACUGACAAGAGGGGAAAUUGGAUGCUUCCUCAGCCAUUAUUAUGUGUGGAAAGAGGUGAUUGAGAGGGGCCUUCAGAGAGCUCUGGUUAUAGAGGAUGACGUCCGAUUUGAGUACCAGUUUAGGAACAAACUAUUAAAGCUGAUGAAUGACAUUGAAAUGACUGAGUUAGACUGGGACUUAAUCUACAUUGGACGGAAAAGAAUGCAGGUGGAACGUCCAGAAAAGGCUGUUCCAAAUGUAAUGAAUCUAGUGGAAGCAGAUUAUUCAUACUGGACCCUGGGUUAUGCCAUCUCUCUGCAGGGGGCACAGAAACUCAUUGCUGCAGAACCCCUCAGCAAGAUGUUGCCAGUGGAUGAAUACCUUCCAGUUAUGUAUAACAAGCAUCCAGUUGAAAAAUAUAAAGAGUAUUAUCAUAUACGGGACCUCAAGGCCUUCUCUGCCGAGCCCCUGCUCAUCUACCCCACUCACUACACAGGACAACCAGGAUAUUUUAGCGACACGGAAACAUCCACUAUCUGGGACAAUGAAACCGUGGCAACAGACUGGGACAGGCAAUACUCAGGAAAAACGAGGCAGCAGGGUCAGAUACAUACAGAUGCUCAGAACACGGAUGCGUUGUCUCCACAAAGUACACUUGACACAUCGUCAUCUCGCGAUGAACUAUGAUUAUUAUUACUAGACUGCAGAGCAUCUAGGAUUUGUAAAGAAAUGUUAUUUACUGUGAAUAUUUUAGUAUGACAAAUUAUUUUCUAUAGAUAAGUGUGUAUAUAACGGAGUAUAAAACUCCUUUUCAAUGUAAAAUAAGUCCCUCAAUGACUGUUACUCCAUUAACAAAUGUGUAUGAAUACAUUGAAAGCCUUUGUAGAAUAUAUAUUCAUAUUUGUGUUUGUGUAUAUUCCAAAAAUAAUGUAUGUUCUGUAAGUGUGUCAGCAGAAUUGCAGAUUUGGAUAAACACAAUCCUGUUUUACAACAGAAACAAUUUGACUUUGAUACACGGAAUUGUAUCAGUAAUUAUUUGAACAAAUCUGGGCAUAAUAUUUAAGUACUGUAGGAUAUGUUGAUUCUUUCAUUUAGGUAAAACAUGGAGAAAUACCAGAGAUAACAGAUAUGAAUAAAAUUAUUUUUUUUAACUAAACUUUUGUGUUAAAUGUUGCUGGUAAUAGAAGUAUGAUUUGUUAAAUAAAACUCAAGGAAAGACUCAAUAAAAAGAGAAAUGCAUUGGUGGCAAUGGGGGCACCCCUGCUGUCACUGUACCCUCUUUA